AUGGCUGGAGACGCAGGCGACAUGGUUGCUAGGCCCAAGCAGCCGCAGUAUCCAAAUCCCAUUCACCCAACUUUCAUGGAUCGUUUGGAUGCAGACUUCAUAGAGUACUACAACCAGUACAUUGCUGUCAAACCAGCUACUCACGGAAUUACCAUCGAGGACAUCCGCGCCACGCCCAAGAAGUUCGCCGCACCAUGGUACAAUGACUUUACUUACGAGCCAUUCGUCAAUGACAUGCAGGUUUCUGCUGAUGAUGGGCACAAAUUCACCGUGAGGUGCUACACGCCUGAUUCGCGGACCUCUCCGUUUGGAAAUGGCCCAUACCCAGUUUACAUCAACUUCCACGGCGGUGGUUACACCUUUGGUGACCUUACGGGUGAUGCAGAGCUUUGCAUGCUCAUAAGAAAUAGGGUUGGAAUGACCGUAAUCGAUGUUGACUAUCGACUUACUCCUGAGAAUACAUUUCUCCGAGGCCACGACGAUGCUUGGGCGGCUAUUCGUUGGGUUCACAACAAUGCCAGCCAGCUCAAUGUUCGACCAGACUCCAUCUCAAUCGGGGGCAUUUCAGCCGGCGGACACAUCAGCGCCGUAUGCCAACAACUUGCUCGUGAUUCCAACCUUCCUCUAAAACUAGCAAUCCUGGCCGUCCCCGCAACCACCUCCCAUAUCGGAAUACAAAAACCCUCCGAUUGCCCGUACCCAUCAUUCCAAGAGAACGAACUAGCCCCCUGCCUCGACUGGAAACGCAUGAAGUAUUUCAUGGACUACGCACAGCCCAAGACCGACGCAGCGAGAGCCGAGUUCGAAAAGAGACCCCAGUUCUUCAAGUCGCCCAUCGACGGUAACCUCAGCGGCGUUUGUGAUACGUUUAUCGCUACGGCUGAGCGGGAUCCUUUGCGUGAUGAAGGCGAGGCGUAUGGCCAGAAGCUGAUUCAGGCGGGUGCCAGAGUUGCUACUAGACGGUACACGGGCGUGCCGCAUCCGUUUAUGCAUAUGCUGGUUGUCAAGAAGGCGCAGAUGUAUAUGGAUGAUAUUUGUGGUGAGUUGCGUAGAGUUCAUGGGGCUUAG